AUGCUUUUGGAGCGCAAAGGAAGCUGGAUUUUGACUGGAACUGUCGUUGCCUGUAUUACGGCGUUGUACGUGCCCUGUGUGCAGAGGACUGUCCCUGGCGGAGACUCAGGAGAGCUGAUCACCACUGCCUGUGAGCUGGGGGUGGCUCAUCCUCCAGGAUAUCCACUUUUCACCCUCCUGGCUCGCCUGUCCAUGAGUUUACUGCCGUCCUCCUCACCAGCCCACAGUGUGAACCUGAUGAGCAGCCUUCUGGGGGCUGCAGCUUGUGGCUGCCUCUGCAUGACAGUCUGCAGGUUAACCGGUCCUGGACCGGGUGCUGUCUUGGCUGCAGGGCUGUUUGCUUUUUCCCGGCUCAGCUGGCAGUGGUCAAUGGUGGCGGAGGUCUUCACCCUCAACAACCUGUUCGUUGGCCUUCUCUUCUCCCUGACCUCCAGUUUUCACUGCGCUGAAAGCUCCACGCGCAGGAGGAAGAUUGCUCACUGGGGGGCGUUGUGCUGCGGCUUGGGGCUCUGUAACCAGCACACCCUGGUUCUGUAUGUGCUGGUCAUCAUUCCCUGGGUCCUGUAUCAGCUUUCUGCUCUAAAGGAGCUCUCGUUUCGUGAUCUUGUGUCUCUGGGUUUGUGUUUUCUGGCUGGUUUUCUGCCGUACGUUUACCUUCCCGUCUCAUCCUACCUCAACACCGCCCGCUGGAGCUGGGGGGACCAGACCACCCUGUCAGGUCUGCUGGCCCACCUGCUGAGGGCCGAGUACGGCACGUUCAGUCUGGCAAAGACGGAUACAUCUGUGACCCUGAGCAGAAUGUUACAGGCUCAGCUGGACCACUGCCUGGAAGAACUUUCUCCCCCCGUUUUGGUUCUGGCAGGACUCGGCCUUCUCCUCUCCUCCCGGGACAGGACGUGCAGCUCAGUGUCCCGCAUGUUGACUGCCAUGCUGCUGCUCUAUUCUCUGUUUUUCGCUUGGAGAGCCAACCUGGACAUUAGCAGACCUUUACUGCUUGGAGUGGUUGAGCGUUUCUGGUUGCAGAGCGACGCAGCGGUGUGUGUGCUGGCUGGCCUCGGCUUGAGUCACACCCACACCGAGCUGGGCAGGAAGCUGGGACGUGGGGGUCUGUGGAAGACCAUCAGCUGGGUCUUCACUUUAGGUCUGCUGGCACAUAUGGUGCGCACCAAUCACAGGGAGUGCGAUCAGAGCAGGAACAGCGUGGUGGAGAGGUUCGGCGGGGAGCUCCUGGCCUCCGUCCCAAAAGACUCCCUCAUCCUGACCAGAGGAGACCUGCCAGGAAACUCUCUUCGUUACUUACAUUACUGCCAGGGCAUGAGGGCGGAUGUCUGCCUGGUCGACCAGGAGAUGAUGACAUAUUCUUGGUAUGUGUCAAAGCUGGCUCAGCACCUCCCCGGGGUCCACUUUCCUGGUCUCCAGUGGGACGUGGUCCACUCUGAGGACAAGAAAACCUUCAAUCUCGAGCAAUUUCUGUCUCACAACACACAAAAGGAUGUGUUUGCCUGCAUUGGGCUGCCUGAUGGAGACCCAAGCUGGGAGCGUAGUUUCUCUCGUUGGCCCUUCGGCGUGUGCGACUACCUGGUUCCUGUUAAGAAGCAGUUUCACCCUGAAGAGUGGGUUCAACGCACUCGAAACAUCUACAACUGGAGCGAGCCGCACAGCAGUUUCCAUCCUGCAUCUUGGGAGCGUGUGGCUAACGAGGAGAUGUGGCAAGCCAGGAUGAAGACGGCUUUCUUUCUGUUUGACCUGGCAGACAAGAUGCAGGCGGAGGGGAGAGCUCGCCUCUAUGAGCUGUCCUACACCCUGUAUGCAGACAUCGUGAGGGCCCACUCACACUAUCCUCCGAACUGGGACAAGAACCUGGCUCUGGCCUGUGAGCGGCUGCUCCGCUCGGGUCACCAGGGUUACAGCGCGGACGUCCUGCUGACCUGCAGCAUUCAGCACUUCAGUCUCUACAUAGAGAAGGACCCCACUGACCCCCAGGCACCGGCCAUCCGAUCGGCCAUUACUCACCUGCGCAAGGAGAGAGACAGACUCCAUCAGAGCUGGACAUGA